UCUGACGUGAAAAGUGAAAACUGAUCUCUCACAAAAAAAAUAAAAUAAAAUCAAAUCAUUAAUACGGGAUAUUGAUGAGUUGUUGAGGUUGUUCAGCUUUUGCAAAGUCCUUCCCUUUUCUCUGCAAUUGUUUUAUAAUAAUUUAACAAUUUCGAUUUUCUUUUUGUCUUUCCCCAUUUUCGCGCUUUCUCUCUCUCACUCUCUCUCUCUCUCACGCACACACGCAGUGACAUGUUAAUGAGAGACCACAACCCACACUGAUGUAUGAAUCUGCAUUAGGAUCUUUUAGCCAUUUGGGCUUUUGUUGUUUUUAGCUGUUUUGAUUGUGAAAGGGAAAGGGAAACAGAUAAAACACAGUAAAAUUCAGGAUUGAUGAAAAUUCCAGCUUGGUAUGAUGUGGGUUUUGUGAUUGGGAGAGGGGGAAAAGAAAAGUUUGAAGAGGAGACAAGGAAAACUUCAACUCUCUGGUCAUUUCAAAGCCCCCAUUUGAAUGGACAUUGGGGUGCUUUUUGAUUUAACUAGGUAGCAAAAAAAGCAGAAAAGUUAGAUUCCAAGAGUUGUUGUAGCAAACUGGGAAUCUUUCUUUUUUUGAAUUUGGGAUAGUGAAGUUGAAGUUAAAAAAAUCUUUUCAAGUUCAAAAGUUUCCUCACCACUUCAAUUUGAAAUCAAAGGGGAAACCCAGUAUUUCUUGGAUCUGGAAAAGGGUAAACAGCUUAUUUUUGGUCAUUUUAAUUUCACCUGGAAUAAGGCCCCUACUUUUUUCCACAAGGUUUUUGACUCUGAUUUGAAAGAUGCCUAUUUAAAAAGGACUUCUUGAGCUUCCAUCAAGUCAUUUGGAUUCAUACCGUUGUCACCGAGGGGAAAAAAACCAUUCUUUCCUACUGCGAAGAAAUAGCUGAUUUUCGUACUAUUCGGAAUCUUUUCAUGGUUUUCUCCUCUCGUCUGUGAGGUUAAGGUCAUUCUUCUUCCUGUUUUAGGUACAUUUUUCUUGCUGGUAGCCCCUCCAAAUUGAGUAGUCCAGCUAUCAGGAAACAAACAAAAUUCUGGGUAAUAAUUGCUUUCAGAAGGAAACUAUUUCUUCGAUUUUCUUUGUGGGUUAUCAUCCGGGGUACUCUCAACUGUGAAGGAACAGUAUGCAUGUCGGCGGUAUAUGAAGUGAAGGCUAAUCACAGCGACUUUUUGAGUGGGGCACUGUGAACAAUAUUGCAUUUCCCAUCAAUGAUUUCUUGCAGCUGUUCCAUUUAGUCGAAGUUUUGUCCUGUUCUUCUUGUUUCGCCACGAGGAUAAAAGGGUUUCAUCCUUUUUCUUGAUGUGCGAAGAGGUGUAGCUGAAUUGAAUUGAAUUUUGAGAAAGAAUUCCUAAAUCAUUUGGGAUAUGACUAAGGAAUUGAAGAAAGGGAAGUCGGAGAGGGAGUCUGAGGUUGUUUCUGUAAAAGUUUUGGUGGCUGUUAAGGCUUCAAAAGAGAUACCAAAGACUGCACUUGUCUGGGCUUUAACUCAUGUUGUGCAACCUGGAGAUUGCAUUACACUCCUCGUGGUUGUUCCUUCACAAAGUUCUGGUAAGAAGCUGUGGGGAUUCCCAAGAUUUGCAGGUGAUUGUGCCAGUGGCCAACGGAAGUCACACUCUGGGACUAGUUCAGAACAGAAAACUGACAUUACAGAUUCCUGCUCCCAGAUGAUCCUUCAGCUUCAUGAUGUUUAUGAUCCAAAUAAGAUUAAUGUCAAGAUAAAAAUUGUGGGCGGCUCCCAAUUGGGUUCUGUGGCUGCAGAAGCGAAGCGAACUCAAGCCAAUUGGGUUGUUCUGGACAAGCAGCUUAGAAAUGAAAAGAAGCGUUGUAUGGAAGAGCUACAAUGCAACAUUGUGGUUAUGAAGCGAUCUCAACCAAAAGUACUUCGUCUUAAUUUAGUUGGAUCGCCUAAGGAACCUGAAGCUGUUUCCCCAUCGUCUGUUGAGCUGGAUCAGUCGUCAUCUGUGAAAGAUGUGAACAAGAAUGAUUCUUCUACCAGGGGACCACUUGUUACUCCAACUAGUAGUCCUGAAAUGUUUACUGCAACUGAUCCAGGAACUUCAUCAGUCUCUAGCUCCGAUCCUGGAACUUCACCUUUUUUUGCCUCUGAGAUAAGUGAGAACCUGAAGAAAAAUAUAUUGUUUACCCAAAAAGAAGAUCAAGAUCUUGACGAAUCUAGUUCAGAUACAGAAAGUGAAAAUUUAUCCUCAACCUCAUCAAGCUUAAGAUUCCAACCAUGGGUGGCGGAUAUCGUGAAUUCACAUUGGCGUUCCUCUAUCAUGGAAGAGACAAAUCAGAUGUCGCAUGACAGACCACAAAGUAGUAGUACAAGUAAAGCUUUGCUAGAAAAGUUCAGUAAACUUGAUGAAGAAGCUGCAUUUUAUUCGCCUCAAUACAGGUCUAACUUGGAUUUCCGGGGAAAUGUAAGAGAGGCUAUUUCACUGUCCCGGAAUGUCCCGCUUGGCCCUCCUCCCUUGUGUUCAAUUUGUCAACAUAAAGCGCCUGUAUUUGGAAAGCCUCCGAGGUGGUUUACCUAUGCAGAGCUGGAGCUUGCUACCGGAGGUUUCUCACAAGCUAAUUUUUUAGCUGAAGGAGGAUUUGGAUCUGUUCAUCGCGGGGUUCUUCCUGACGGUCAAGUUGUUGCUGUCAAGCAGCAUAAACUGGCAAGUUCUCAAGGGGAUCAAGAAUUUUGCUCUGAAGUCGAAGUACUUAGCUGUGCUCAGCACCGCAACGUUGUAAUGUUGAUUGGCUUCUGCAUUGAGGAUGGCCGUAGGCUACUGGUUUAUGAAUACAUUUGUAACGGAUCUUUGGAUUCUCAUCUUUAUGGACGCUACUGUGAUACAUUAGAGUGGUCUGCUCGGCAAAAAAUUGCUGUUGGAGCUGCGAGAGGGCUUAGAUAUCUUCACGAAGAGUGCCGAGUCGGAUGCAUUGUCCAUCGAGAUAUGCGGCCAAACAACAUUCUGAUCACCCAUGAUUUUGAGCCACUGGUUGGAGAUUUUGGUCUAGCUAGAUGGCAACCUGAUGGGGACACUGGCGUUGAGACUAGAGUAAUUGGGACAUUCGGAUACCUGGCUCCUGAAUAUGCUCAAAGUGGUCAAAUCACUGAAAAGGCAGACGUUUACUCGUUUGGCGUGGUAUUAGUGGAGCUAGUCACUGGCAGAAAAGCAGUUGAUCUUAACAGACCCAAGGGUCAGCAGUGCCUCACAGAAUGGGUAUUCCCCGGCAGCUUUAUUUUUAUGACUUGUGGUACUAAAAAGUAAUUUGGAUCACCAAUGUUUCCAUUUAGUUACAUUCCCCUUUUUUUCUUUUACUUUAUCAUUGCAGGCACGACCGUUGUUGGAGGAAUACGCCAUAAUUGAACUCGUUGAUCCUCGUUUAGGUGAUCAAUAUUCAGAAGACGAGGUUUAUUGCAUGCUGCAUGCUGCAUCUAUGUGCAUAAGGCGGGAUCCUCAGAUGAGGCCUCGCAUGUCACAGGUUAGUGCUAAAACUUAUGCGAAAAGGAAAGAAGUAUAAGCCAGCGUAAAUUCUCUGCUACACCUCAUCUCAACUGCUUAAAGGGCAAUAACAGUAUCAAGAGUCAUGAGAUGCAAGUUUUUGAUCAAUUUCGAAUUUAAGUGUUGUGCAGUAAUCUUAGCUGUGUCACUGUGCAUCUCAAAAUUUUAUCUGAUGGACUUUAUUUUAAAUGUUUGAACAAAAAGGUGUUGCGGAUUCUGGAAGGAGACAUGAUUAUGGACUCAUCAUCUCAAAUGUCAGCAUCAGGAUGUGAUGUUGGGAGCCGAAGUGGAAGGAUUCUGGCAGCUCAUCACCAGCCACAGCAGCAGCAUCAAUGUAGUAGUGGUCCGAUUCAAAAGGGAACAUCAUUGGAAGGAAGUUUCAGUGGGAAGCUCUCUCUGGAUGGUUUUCAUAGGUCAGCUGGUUCUAGGGCUCCCUACGCGGACGAUCUGUAAAUUGCUUGCUGCAAACUAUUAGUAGCCAUGAUAUCACUGCAAAUAGAUGAUACCUGUAUUUUUUUGUUUUCCUUUUUUGGCUUCUGGUGGGAGUCCAAUUCAGACUGCAAAUGCUGCCCAGGUUUUGAGUUCUUGUAUAGAAUCAAAUUAGGAAUCCUGAUGUUUUACGAAGCGAGUAGUAUUAUAUUUACAAGAUGGACGGGUACUCUUACCUCUACAUAUUAUGAAAUUGUGUUUAUAAGAGUUCCUUUCUCAGAGGUACCAAUUUUGAGCUUCUUGAAGACAAGUCUCCCUUGAAUGACGGUGUGCUGUUAGCUGUUCAGAACAAAGCUUCGCCGACAGAUUUUUUAUCUUUCGAACAUUGUAUUGUAAGAUCUUACAAAAGAAGAAAACAAGUCAGUAACACGGGAGAAUAAGGUAGAUAUGUAUAUUAACCAAUAACUAAAAACUGUGAACCGGAUUCUUACAAUUCAUAUGGUUUAUGAAAAUGUGGAACUAGUUAUAAAGAUUUGUCUGCAAAGAAUCAUGAAAUGGAAUUAGGAUGGUUUGUAGUGGGA